AUGAGACUCCUCGGCGUCGCGCUCGUCCUAUCCGCCGCGGGCAUCCUCCCCGCCCACGCCGACAUGGACGUCGAACUGAUCCACUCGUUGAUGGGCAAUAAGCCCUUUGCCUUUAUGGCCUUCGACUCAAUGGAUCCCGCUUUCCCGGAUCGCCCCAAUUACUACUGGAUCGGCACCUGCCAGAAGAAAGACGGCAUGUGCACCGCUUACAAGAUGAUUCCGGCGAACCGCAAGAGGGCGGCGUACCCGUCGCUUCGCGCGGGAAGGUGCCAUAAGAAGUUCGCGUGCCCGAGGGACGGCCAUAACUGCGUUCACAAGAACAAGAGCAGGUUUGUGGACUGCAAAACCCCGCUUGAGGACCGGUUCACGGCCUGGAUAACGUGGCCUACGAUGCGGCAGACGUUGAAGGCGGAAGCGCACCAGUCUUGGAACGGGCAGGUUGGCACAUGGAUCGGAUCCAGGGCGUGGUGCGGAACCCUAGACGUCGUGCUUGAUCUGCAUUUCAGUGGCAACCGAAUCACGCUGUCAACCAGCGUUGCAAUGAAUUCAGACACCCCUAGACUACAUACGUCAUGCUAUUUCCUCGCCUUGCCGAACCACGAUGCAAAAAGAACCUGCGAAAUGGAAAACGCUGUCUCACGUUUACAGUAG